CCGCCAUCACUGCAUACAAGCUAACGUUAGCUAAAACCCACUGAGGAGAGCGAUUGACAACAACAUAUCUGACACACACCGACCCAGUUCCCAAAGGGGAGGUCACUGAGUUUCCCUGUCGCUUUCCUGGCGCAGAAAGCAAACUAGCAGCUGCCUUUCAUGUAGUCUUUAAGUCAACUUAGAAACGAAAGUCGUUCUAAUUAAUCAUGUCCAACCUCAAAGGCCCCACCAAGAAGGACACCAAGAUGAGGAUACGAGCCUUUCCUAUGACAAUGGAUGAGAAAUAUGUGAACAACAUCUGGGACCUUCUAAAGAAUGCCAUACAGGAGAUUCAGAGGAAGAACAACAGCGGGCUGAGCUUUGAGGAGCUGUACAGGAAUGCCUACACCAUGGUGCUCCACAAGCAUGGAGAGAAGCUCUACACGGGCCUGAGGGAGGUUGUCACUGAGCACCUCAUCAACAAAGUGCGGGAAGAUGUUCUAAACUCUCUAAAUAAUAACUUUCUGCAAACACUGAAUCAGGCCUGGAAUGACCAUCAAACUGCCAUGGUCAUGAUCAGAGAUAUCCUCAUGUACAUGGACCGGGUCUACGUUCAGCAGAACAAUGUGGAGAAUGUGUACAACCUCGGCCUCAUCAUAUUCAGGGACCAGGUGGUGCGCUAUGGCUGCAUUCGAGACCACCUACGGCAGACGUUACUGGACAUGAUUGCACGUGAGAGGAAGGGCGAAGUUGUCGACAGGGGAGCUAUAAGAAAUGCCUGCCAGAUGCUGAUGAUUCUUGGCCUGGAUGGCAGGUCUGUAUAUGAGGAGGACUUUGAGGGCCCUUUCUUAGAUAUGUCAGCUGAAUUCUUCCAGAUGGAGAGCCAAAAGUUCCUUGCAGAAAACAGUGCCAGUGUCUACAUAAAGAAGGUAGAGGCCAGAAUCAAUGAAGAAAUUGAGCGAGUUAUGCACUGCCUGGACAAGUCUACAGAGGAGCCUAUUGUCAAGGUUGUGGAAAGGGAACUCAUUUCUAAACACAUGAAAACCAUUGUGGAAAUGGAGAACUCUGGCUUGGUCCAUAUGCUCAAGAAUGGCAAAACAGAAGACCUGGCAUGCAUGUACAAGCUGUUCAGUCGUGUGCCAAAUGGCCUGAAAACAAUGUGCGAGUGUAUGAGCUCUUACCUGAGGGAACAAGGCAAGGCUCUGGUGUCAGAAGAGGGAGAGGGCAAGAACCCCGUCGACUAUAUCCAGGGUUUGCUAGACCUGAAGACGCGUUUUGAUCGUUUCCUCCUCGAGUCCUUCAACAAUGACAGACUCUUCAAACAAACCAUAGCUGGAGACUUUGAGUAUUUCUUAAACCUCAACUCCCGCUCACCAGAGUACCUGUCUCUCUUCAUUGAUGAUAAGCUCAAGAAGGGAGUCAAAGGGUUGACAGAACAGGAGGUGGAGUCGAUUCUUGACAAGGCCAUGGUGUUGUUCAGGUUUAUGCAAGAGAAGGAUGUGUUUGAAAGGUACUACAAGCAGCAUCUGGGCCGCCGGCUGCUCAGCAACAAGAGUGUCUCGGACGAUUCAGAAAAAAACAUGAUCUCAAAGCUCAAGACGGAAUGUGGAUGUCAGUUCACCUCAAAACUGGAAGGAAUGUUCAGAGACAUGAGCAUCUCCAACACUACCAUGGAUGAGUUUAGGCAGCACAUACAGACCACAUCGGCAUCUCUAAGUGGUGUGGACCUUACAGUAAGGGUCCUCACUACUGGCUACUGGCCUACACAGUCUGCAACACCCAAAUGCACCAUCCCCCCUGCUCCUAGACACGCCUUUGAAGUCUUCAGACGGUUUUACCUUGCUAAGCACAGUGGCAGGCAGCUCACACUGCAGCACCACAUGGGUGGGGCAGACCUCAACGCAACUUUCUAUGGGGCUGUUAAAAAGGAGGAUGGCUCAGAGGUGGGCGUGGGAGGUGCCCAGGUGACCGGUUCUAACACCCGGAAGCACAUACUGCAGGUCUCCACCUUCCAGAUGACCAUCCUCAUGCUCUUCAACAACAGAGAAAAGUGCACUUUUGAGGAGAUUCAGCAGGAGACAGAUAUUCCAGAGCGAGAGUUGGUGCGAGCGUUGCAGUCUUUGGCCUGUGGGAAACCCACACAGCGAGUUCUCACCAAGGAGCCAAAGUCCAAGGAGAUAGAAAACGGCCAUGUGUUUACAGUCAAUGAUCAGUUUACUUCCAAGCUGCACAGAGUCAAAAUACAGACAGUUGCUGCUAAACAAGGGGAGUCAGACCCCGAAAGAAAAGAGACUCGGCAGAAAGUGGAUGACGACAGGAAGCAUGAGAUUGAGGCAGCCAUUGUUCGAAUCAUGAAGUCAAGGAAGAAGAUGCAACAUAAUGUCCUGGUAGCAGAGGUGACUCAGCAGCUCAGGGCACGUUUUCUUCCCAGUCCUGUGGUUAUCAAGAAGCGCAUAGAAGGACUAAUAGAAAGAGAAUACUUGGCGAGGACGCCAGAGGAUCGUAAAGUGUACACCUACGUUGCAUAGAAGAUGAACUGUGGAUGGGAGGAGGAGGAGGAGGAGACUGGACGGGGAAAAUUGGAAUCGUUUGUUUUCUUUGGACUGUUGUUACGCAUGGACUGGAAGUUUCUUUUAAAGACAAGCCCUGGGAACCUGAUUCAUCGACCUUACAAAAACACAGUAAACACACACGAAUGGGGAAUAAAAUCUUUGGCGCAUAAUAUUAAAAAAAAUAAAAAUAAACAACAAUCCACCAGAUCUUCUAGAUGAUUUUUAAAUCAGGCCCAGUCUUCCUAUUCCCUGUGAGUUUUAACAUGGAUGGAUCCAGCUUCAAGCUUUUCACUGUUUUACCCUUGUAGAGAUCAAACUUGCAAAGAAUCCCUUGGGAAAAAUGUGAAUGCACCACAUUAUUUUUUUUUUUUGUUUUGUUUCAAUACUGUAUAAAAAUAAUAAAAUUCUGAAAAACA